CUGUAGUGGGCGACAGGCGCUCUAACCUGAAACAGCUUUAGAAGGUACUGCAAUACGGCAGUUUUUAUUUUACAGAAAAAGUUCCGUUUUGGUGCUUUACGCUUGGCUAAUGUGGCCGAUUUACGAGCUGGGACGAGCGUGUGUGUUACUUUUUCUUGUAUGAAAGCUUAGUUCGUUCUCUUUUUUUUUUGUUUUAGUUGUGCUGCACAGACCGUCAUGUCGCCUGAGGAAAAGAGCAAUGGCGCCGAGUAUUGGAGGUGUCGCUGGGCCAACCGCAUCAUUCCUUUUCACAGGCCUUCCCUUCACCCGUACCUGAGAGAAUUUGGAGAUCAAUUCAGAACGUCGAAGAGAGAACUUCGUGUCUUUUUUCCCAUGUGUGGAAAAAUGCUCGAGAUGAAAUGGUUCUACGAGAUAGGUCACACUGUCAUCGCUAUAGAAAUUACGCAACAAGCGAUCGAUGAAUUUUUCUGUGAAAACAACCUCACGGCUACGGAAAGUUAUUGCCCCACCACCAGUUGUAAAAUUUUUCAGACAAUGGACAAGCGACUGAGCAUCUACUGCUGCGACGUAUUUGAUUUCUUGAGCUCGAAACCCAGUCUGAUGGACGUGGUGUUUGAUCGGGCUUCACUAUGCAUCAUGGAGUCACAGGUUCAUCGGCAAAGGUACGCUAAACUGAUGAGGUCUGUGCUGGCACCAGCGUACACCUACAUCCUCAUUACUUUCAAACACGAUGACCAAACUUACAAAGGUUUACCGAGGAACGUCAGUGACUGCAACGUGACGGAAAUUUUCGGAGAAAACCCAACGCUGGAGAAAGUUGGCGAACUGCAGGAAACCACCGUCCCAAACAUAAAGGGCACCCUCACUGAAGUCAUAUGGCGCAUGACAGGCUAAUCAGGCAGCCCUACAUCAGAUGCGAUCCGGAUCAAGGCGUUAUGCACCUUGUGGCUUGAAGAAAAGCCUUUAAAUUGCAAUGAUAUCUUUUUUUUUACAGCACAUAAAGUUAAGCCAAUGGGAAAGUAACAACCACAGAAGGCUAUAAAAAUAAUGCACAGUGAACACAGACCGUAAAGAUAUGCUGAAACAUACCUUGCAUAAAUGACUUCUACAGCGACAAAUAAAUGGCGAGCACCAUUAUACGCAACUACCAUUGGCUCUGUGUAUCUCUCUCACGUUUAUUGCCUUCUCGAUAGUGAUUACGUAUCUUCAAAAGUUGUUCAUUCAUAGACAUCAACGGAAUGCUUUCUUUCAAUUCCUUGUGGCGCAGAUU